AUGUUUAAAACUCCUGUUAAGACGAAAUUAAGUGAUAGUAAGAAUGAAGUGAAUGAUAAUAUCGAGAUUGUUGGAAAUCGUUUAAAAUAUGCUAUUAUUAACGUUAAUGAUAAUGAACACGGAACAAAAAGUCAUCAUGAGCUAAAUAAGGAAUAUGCCAGAUACGAGGAAGAAGUCGAAGGAAUUGGACCAAUCGAAGAGAAAGAAGACUGGCUGAAAAUUACAUGGAUGUGA